AAUAAGCGGCCAGGCCCGCUGCGCAUGUGCGUCUCGGUCCAGCUUGGGGUUCAGCGGUCCCGGGCUGGCAGGUGUCGCCGAACGGACCGAGGCGCGCGUCAGUGGCAAGAGAGCCGAGGUUCAGAAUCUUUAAGUAAAAAUGGCUUCUAAGAGAGCGCUGGUUAUCCUGGCCAAAGGCGCAGAGGAGAUGGAAACCGUCAUCCCGGUGGACGUGAUGAGGCGUGCUGGAAUUAAGGUCACGGUUGCAGGUCUGGCUGGGAAAGACCCCGUGCAGUGCAGCCGGGAUGUGGUCAUCUGCCCUGAUGCCAGCCUGGAGGAGGCGCAGAAAGAGGGGCCGUAUGACGUGGUGGUUCUGCCAGGAGGAAAUGUGGGCGCGCAGAAUCUGUGUGAGUCGGCCGCCGUGAAGGAGAUCCUGAAGGACCAGGAGCAGAGGAAGGGCCUCAUCGCCGCCAUCUGUGCAGGUCCUACGGCCCUGUUGGCUCAUGAAAUCGGUUUUGGGAGCAAAGUCACCACCCACCCACUGGCCAAGGACAGGAUGAUGGCCGGAAAUCACUACAGCUACUCGGAGAGUCGUGUGGAGCGGGAUGGGCAGAUCCUCACGAGCCGCGGGCCAGGCACCAGCUUCGAGUUCGCGCUGGCCAUCGUGGAGGCGCUCAGUGGCCCGGCGACGGCCGCGCAGGUGAAGGCGCCGCUGGUGCUGCGGGACUAGCGGCCCCGGCAGCGGCGCCACCCAGGUCCCCCCAUUUCAAGCCCCGCAGAGUCAUCGAUCGGGGCGCUCGGGCCUCCUGUGUCAGAGGUAGAAUAAACGGCCGUCAGCCCAGUCCUCA